UGGAGGGGCCUUUGGCGGCACGCGCGGGCGGAUGGCGGUUUCUCUGUGCGCGAGUCCCCCGGGCUGAGCCGCCCCCCGCGGAUGGAAGCGCGGGCUCCCCGGGGCCGCCGCUGGGUGCUGCCCACCGCGCUGCUCUGCCUGUACGGCUUCUUCGCCAGCCUGCGGCCCUCCGAGCCCUUCCUCACCCGCUACCUGCUGGGGCCGGACAAGAACCUCACCGAGACCCAGGUUUUCAAUGAAAUUUAUCCAGUAUGGACCUAUUCUUAUUUGGUGUUGCUGUUUCCUGUAUUCCUUGCAACAGACUAUCUCAGGUAUAAACCUGUAAUCCUUCUCCAGGGACUGAGCCUUAUAGUGACAUGGUUCAUGCUGCUCUACGCCCAAGGAUUGCUAGCUAUUCAGUUCCUCGAGUUCUUCUAUGGAUUGGUGACUGCUACAGAGAUUGCCUAUUAUUCCUACAUCUAUAGCAUUGUGGAUUUGAACUUGUACCAGAAAGUCACCAGCUACUGUCGAAGUGCCACGCUGGUGGGUUACACUGUGGGUUCCAUCUGUGGACAGGUUCUGGUAUCGGUUGCCAGUUGGUCUCUGUUCAGCUUGAAUGUCCUCUCCCUGACCUCUGUGUCUGUGGCUUUUGCCACAGCUUGGUUUCUGCCAAUGCCACAGAAAAGUCUUUUCUUUCACCACGUCUUGAGAAGCCAGGUCAGUAGGGAGAUGAAAGUUCUAGAUUGUAAAAAUGGAGCUGUCAUCCAAGAUGAUCCUGCCUUGAAAAGGGUCCCUGGGUGGGAAGAUAUUGAAUUGAAGGUUUCCUUAAAUGUAGAAGAGCAUUCUGCAGAGACACAGGAGGAGAAAGUGGAUAUCUUAAAGGUGCUCAGAGAGCUAUGGCGGGACUUCCUGCAGUGCUAUUCCUCCCGGCCUAUGCUCUGCUGGUCUGUGUGGUGGGCAUUCUCAACUUGUGGCUACUUCCAGGUAAUAAACUACACACAAGGCUUGUGGGAAAUGGUGUUGCCUUCUCAGAGGUUCGAGAUCUAUAAUGGUGGCGUGGAGGCAGUUUCUACACUACUAGGUGCUGUUGCUGUAUUUGCUGUGGGUUACAUAAAAGUAUCUUGGGCUACCUGGGGUGAGGUGGCAUUGGCCCUGUUCUCCCUCCUCAUUGCUGCUGCUGUAUAUGUCAUGGACACUGUUCGUAACAUCUGGCUGUGUUACGCCUCAUAUGUAAUCUUCAGAAUUGUCUACAUGCUGCUCAUCACAAUAGCAACGUUCCAGAUUGCUACCAAUCUAAGCAUGGAGCGGUACGCCCUGGUGUUUGGUAUCAAUACUUUCAUUGCCUUGGCUCUGCAGACUUUGCUCACCUUGAUUGUUGUCGACUCCAGUGGUCUUGGGCUAAACAUAUUCACACAGUUCAUGAUCUACGCUAGUUACUUUGCAGCCAUAUCGCUGGUGUUCUUGGUCAGUGGCAUAUACAGUGUUAUGAAGAAUUACAGAAGACAGGAAGAGAUGCCAACCAGAUCUACUACAAGCUCUUCUUAGUGCUGCGAAUGAGGACAUGUUCAGCUGUCAUGUAUGAAGAUGAAGUAUUUAUUAGUGUCUUUGCCACUUGUUUUCCAAGGCAGUCAUCUGAAGUGUAAUUUAUACUAUAUUAGUAGCACACAUCAGAGGGGAAAUUAUUUAAUUAGAUCUUAUGUAAGUAAGAAUAGACAUUCCUUCUCGAAUGCCCUUUUUUAUUGUUCAGUUCCAUGUGUACGAAGGUGCACUAAGGUAUCACAAGUUUGCUCAAAAGGUGAAAGGCUGGUGAAACCUAGGGCUCUGAAGAUCAUCAAUGCAAAUAAGGUAUUUGUAUGUAUAAAUGCUCCCUUUAUCCACCUGUCAGUGUUUGAGCACGAAAAGCCUGGAGCUACUGUAGGUCAAUGUGAGAUUCACUAGCAGAGCUGUAGGGAGGGAGAUCCGUGGCUGGAAUAGCAGAGGGCAUGCUGUAGGUCAGAAUGGAGGUGCAUUGGCUGAGCUAUGUUGUACCUGGCAUCGUGCCUUACCCAUGCUGUUAUACGCACACUUCUGAGCACUGAAUAUAUUUUAAAUUUUAGGUUUAUAUGUCUGCACGUUUCUUCAUAUCGCUUGUACUAUUUCUACCUGGUCUGCCACCCCGUCUGUCAGAAUAUCAGACGUAGCUUUCCUUGGUUCUCUCCCCUGAAAGCUAAAAUGUGUUCUGGAUUAGCCUUCUGACACCAGUGAGUUGGCUGUUGGCAAAUACAUUUUGUUCUGGGAAAGUCCAUGCUGAGGCUUGCUUCAAAAAGGCUAUAAUGCUGGAGAGAACCGAAGAAGCUAUCUAUUUGUCCAGAAUACUGGUCUGUGGGAUCAUGGAUGUCCUUUAGGACUCUACUCCUGUGAUGCAAAGGCCACUAACCCUGAAUGCUGUUACUGUAGUAUACUAGUACUGGAAAUGAAGUUGACUGACUGCAGUUACUGCAGUUUUUUCAUUUAAAUACUCAUUUCUUUAGCAUUUUUUCUUUUAAAACACGUGGUGACAUCCUAUUUUGAUCAGUUCUGUCCAUUCUGAAACCCUUCCCCCUUUCUAACUGGACAAGAAAACUCAAUGCAUCCUAAAUCCUGCCUUUGUUCUACAGUUUGGACCACUUGAGACUCGCCUGAGUAAUUUGGAAAAGGAAAUACACAAAUGAUUGCACUGCUGUAUCUAAAUUGGCUCUUUGAGGAGGGUCAGUUCCUAUGCUGUAUGCUUCCUAUCCAGCUGAUUCUACCUUUAUUUAUUUAUUUUUAAAUGCAACUGAGGUUUCACAGGGCAGAAGAUUUCCCCCCCCCCCCCCGCUGAGAUCUGCGAAUUGUCCAUGGGGGGAUGUUGGGAAGGGAAAUAGUUCCAUGAGAGAAUGCUUUUCUUACAAAGUGAGCCGCAAAAUUGAGUGUAUAAGCUCAUGAUUCUCCGGCUGUCCAGGACCUGAUCCAUCUCAGGUUUGAGUUACUUUAAAGAGCCCAACAAGUAUAGAUGGACCUCAGGCAAAAUCUCAGGAUCUGGACUUUCCCAAACUUCCUGAUGUUUGAAAUCUGGUUUCUUAAUGUUUCCUGGGGCCAUUUUUCGCUGACGUCUAUUUGUAUGUAACUUAGCUGCCAUAUCCUGAAAAAGAAACUUGAAAGGAACAUUUAAGUGUGUUUUUUAAGAAAACUUCUCAAGCAGUGUUAGAGGGUAGGUUUUAGGCCAGGAGAAAUAGUGAUUAAACAUAAUUUGAUAACUGUUCUUGGAAAACGGAUGGCCAUUUCACAUGCGGCCCCUUGUGAUAUAACCUCAGCCUGGUUGUAGAUGAUACAGGAGCAUGCUGUAAAGAGGAAGCUGAACCUCUGGCUGUGGCUUCAGGGUGGGGAGGUGGGAGAGGAGACAUGGUCAGGGAUAAGGAGGCCGAAGCUGGGGAUGUGUGCUGGAGCAGAGCUGAGAGUGGAAGGCUUGGGUGGUGCUCCCUCCCCACCCCUGCGGGGGAUGGCCUGGGCCCCACCAUGCCCUCCCCCCUCCCCUGAGCAUUUGCCCCACAGUUUGGGGACCACUGUUACAGAGUGAUGUUACUAAUGGAUUGUGGCAAGAUCCAAAUGUCUGUAAUACAGAAGUUAUUGCCAUGUCUGUUUUAAAUAUAUGGUCACUUGACACUGUAUUUAUUUAAACCAAUGAAUGUAGGUAUCUUAAGCCUGGAAGUCCUUUUCAAGUUCUUAUGCUAUGCCAUCACUGUGGUAUCCAAAUGCUGCAGUGAUGGAGUAGUAUAAGAGCCUAGAUGGAGAUGUUGUUGUGGAGGGAGUGAUGUUUGUGGAAGCAAAGGUACAUACAUAUGAAAUAUUGCAAACAAGACAUAAUCAUGGAUAGGACUUUUUUAUUUGGUUUUGUUCUGAUAUUACAGCAAUUUUAUCAAAUAAAGCAUUUUACCAAGUA